AUGGAUGACAUUCUUUGCAGCGCAUCUUCUUUAGAGGAAGCUAAGGAUCUGAAGAGUCAACUUUCCGGUGUAUUGGCGAAAGAAGGAAUGCAGCUUCACAAGUGGUCUAGCAGCCACUUGAAAUUGGCUUCAAAUAUCGAUGGAGGAUACGACUUUGAAAAUCUCAUCGAAACAAAGACGUUAGGAGUGUCAUGGAAAUCACUAGAGGACUGCUUUGUUUUCAGAGUUGCAGUUGAUUUAAAGAAUUCUUACAACAAUAGAUGUGUGCUUUCCACUAUUGCUAAACCUUUCGACACACUGGGACUACUUGAUCUAGUAGUCGCAAAAACCAACUUCAGAGCUUUUGGAGUCUUAAAAUUGACUGGAUGGAUGAGUUGCCACCUGAAAGAGCCCAAGAAUGGCACCAGUUCCUUGAGGAUUUCAAGAGUAUAA